UAGUUAAUGCGCCCGCCAUUUAAUUUUGAAUUUUAUUUUUCCCGCCAAAAAGAUUUAUUGUUUUUUCUUCAUAAUUAAAAAAAAUCCAAUUAUUUAAUCAUAAAAUUGUCAACUUUCUCACAUAUAUUUUAAUUACUUCCAGGAUUUCAGUGGGAGAAGAGACUAUUGGUCUGAUUGUUUUUUAAUUCGUAGGUUAUGAUAAUUUUUGUCAGUCUCUGGCCAUAUCUGGCACGUGGCUUGUCUGAGACUGGGUAAAAAAAAGUAUACAAUAAAUCUUAGACAAUUAAAAGUAAAUAAAUAAAUAAUUUUAAUUUAAAAUGCCGAGUUUUUCCCGGUUACAAAAGUGCGUUGCUGUUCUAGGAGUUGGAACUCUAAGUGGUGCUGGAAUUUUAUAUUACAAUAUUUAUUCAAACGACAAACAUGAAAAUGUGGGGGUGAGUAAAUUUAAAAAAAAUCAUCGGGUAACUGAAUACUCACCUAGUGUUAAAUGGGACAGUAAUUGGGACCACAGAGACCCCAAAACUCUGAUAAAGCCGCGUAAACUUGGAAGUAUUACUGAUGACAAUGAGUACAAUGCUGAGAUAGAAGCACACACGCCUCGUACUACUCGUCAUUUAUUGCUGAUACGUCAUGGGCAGUACAAUUUAAAUGGAUCCACGGAUGCUGAAAGAACUCUCACUGAACUGGGCAGAAAUCAAGCCGCCUCAACUGGGAAACGUUUGGCACAAUUGGCUCUGCCGUAUUCUUUGAUUGUCAGGUCGACCAUGGCCAGAGCACAGGAAACCUCCAAGAUCAUCGAAAGCAGUCUGCCAAAUGUACCAGUCGUUGACGACAGUCUUCUAGUAGAAGGAUGUCCGAUUCUUCCUGAACCACCGAUCAGUCGCUGGAGACCUGAUAAAAAUUAUUUUACAGACAGUCCGAGAAUUGAAGCUGCCUUCAGAAAAUAUUUCCACCGAGAUCGGCCUAAGCAGGAGUCUGAUUCCUACACGAUUAUUGUGGGACAUUCAAAUGUCAUAAGAUAUUUUGUCUGCAGAGCAUUGCAAUUUCCACCGGAAGCUUGGCUACGAUUGUCACUGAAACACGCGAGUAUUACGUGGGUCAGCAUUCAUCCUAGUGGUCGAGUAACGUUACGUGGAUUUGGAGAUGCUGGACAUAUGGUACCGGAAUAUUUAACUUCGAGUUAAAUAUAAUGGAUUUUAAAAUAAUCUACGCAAUUAAAUUGCAACUAUACUCAAAAAAAGUCAACAUCAGUCCGGAAUUUUAUUUAUGGUACGGCUAUAAAUAUAUCACAUCAAAAGACUGGUUAUUUUUUACAUUUUUGUCCAUUCUCUUAGACUGUAAUUUCACAAUUUUAUAAAUAUAUGAACAUAUGUUAGUUUUUAUAUUUCAGUAAUUUGUGAAUAAAUUAUUUUUGUUUAUAAAAAUAAAAUGAGUCUAAAUGUAAAAAAAACUAAAAAUAAACAGCGAA